AUGGCUGUUCCCUCCUCCAAUACCGCUUAUUCAUCUGCACCUUCUAUGGAAUAUUGUUCAAAAUGCCAUUUCCUUUCCUUGCUCUGGCCCUUAGUCAACUACGCUACUAAGAUGAACAGCACUGUAAGCAGGUUUACGGCAGAGAGAACGAGUAAAACAAGGGGAAACAAUGAAUUACAAGCAAAUGCAAGAGGAAGAAAAAGGGGUUAUACCGAGCGAAAAGCAAGGUAUAACAAGGAAAGACAGGUUAUAAGAGUUAAGGUUUUAAUGCGUGCAAUGUACCAACCUGAAGCUCCAAUAUCGUUCCCAUUACGUGCUUCUCCUCCUCGUAAGACUAACGGGAAGCACUAA